GUAGGCAGUGUUCUUUUUGCAGACGGCUGCAUUCAGACUUAUUGCAUUGUGGUGACAGGCGUUCGAAGGUGCUCUGGGGGCGACCCCGGCAAGUUUGUGGGUGGGCCGGCUAGUUUGUCGCAGGGAGUUCCCGGCGGCGGGCGGCAUGGCCGCACGCUGACCGGGGAAGCUGGUGCGCUGGCGGGUGACCUGCCUCGUUUGUCGCACCUCGCUGACGCGUGCUCCAUCGCCACUCUGGCUGGUUUACUGGUGGCCUGGCUCGUUUGUUGGUCUCCGAGACGUUUUGAAGAGCCUCGACAAGGAUUGCGCACCCUAGGUCACUGGGCUGGGGUUGCGGCGUGGCUGUUGCAGUGGGUUGAGCGUGGGCAGUUGACCGAAAGCAGUGUCUCGGUCAAGAAGCAUUGCUGCGCGCAGCAACAGUCAGUGCAUGCUGCGCAGAGCAAGGGGUCGCGCAACCGAUCCAGCAAGCACACACACUGGACGCGAAGGGUGCCUGGGAAAUAUACAUACUUGACGUGGGGCAUGGCUGUAAUCUCGGCAAGCUUGUGUGCCAGCACAAAGCAAGCAGAUGUCCUGUUUGCAGUAAAUCUCUUCACCUGUGUCUUUGCAUGCCAAGCGCAACGUGCUCUAGCCAGUGCACGCCUGCGCAGUGGGUGGGUUAGGAAGGCACGUCGAGUGGGCAAAGCUCGGGUAAAAGCAAGGCGGCAACCAGGUUCGCCACGAAGUAGACUGCAAAUGUUGAUUGCAGCCAUCUUUUUGUUCUCACCAGCCAGUUGGGUAUGUGUGGAGUGCGUUUGCCAGAGCAACAUCGCAGCAGUGCAACCAGUCAGGAACGCAUGGGCAACCUCUCGCAAACUUAGAAACCAGUUGAUGCGUGCAAUGCAUGGCAACACGAUGCAGAAAGCCAACGGACGACAAGCAGAAGAGUCCACGCCCAGCCAAUGCAUACGACCAGAACCGGGCAACCCGAGUGUUCAGCAAGAAGUGGAGGAGGAGGAGGACCGGAAAAUUGCCGACCGUGUGCAGACUCGAAUAGGUUGUGAGCUCACCAAAAUCCCUGGUGAUGGUUGGUGUUUUUUCCAUGCAGUCCUUCGCCAUUGUCGCGGUUGGCAGUCAUGGUCGAUAUCUGAAGCUGCAAAGUUAUACUUGCAAGCCUUAGAAUGGAUGUGCAAACAAAAGAAUGGACCCAGAGCAGAUGAGGUUGCGAUUGCCAGUGUGCCGUUUGAUGACCGCGAAGCAGGCCUACAUCUGGGGUUCCUUCAGCAAGCAGAGCAGUUGGAGGCGGCAGAAGGUUUGACAGCUGCCGACAUCGUGCUUUGGAGUAAAGUGGUUGCAGUGUUGGAAAAGCCCCGCAUGUUGGAUUCCAUUCACCAUGGCUCCGUGGUGGAAUUAUGGGCACUCACACAAGCCUUUGACUUUCACUGUCUCAUUUGGAGCCAGGAGGAUAAUAAAAACAUUUGGAUCCAGGACAUGGCCUACAUCACCGAUGCAGAAACACAACAGAAGUUGCAAGAACAUUCCAAUGUCUUAGAGCUUUUCCACCGAAACACUGGCAUCACCGGGCACUAUGACCUCGUCCAACGGGCGGAAGCAUUGCGCGAACCAUUCCCUGAAACACCAUGGUUGGAAACUUGGCGAACACAGAGUGCGGAAGCAGUGUUGUGUCUUGCUGCAGAAAGCCUCCGAAACCCAGUGGAAGUAGCACCCAUGUCGCUGCAGAGUCAGUCAUCGCACGUUGCAGAUCCGAGUGCAGUGAGUGAACCGCAUGCCACAGAGGAUGCAGAGCGGCUAACGACAGAGUCAGCCGGGCAAUCGCAGCAGACGAGCCGCACCACUGCGACAGAAUCGGAAGCAACAACGCGGCAGCCAAAUCGGUCGCAGGAGGUGCAUGACACAACUGAAGCCGACAAAGAGGCAGCCGCUGGCGUCUGGGCAGGGCAUGACGACGCAGAAGCGUCGGAAGGCGCAGCAACCGACGUGGAUUCUGAAAGUUUGCUUUCCUGGGAUUCAAACCUGUCCGAGACCACAGGUGAGGCUGAAGUAGAAGUCGCCGUGGACUCGACCAAGACAUGGGUCACGGUCGAAGAUUGUGACCAAGAACGCAUUCGACGCACAGCAUCUCAACUGCGACACCAUCCCCUGCUGCCAUCCCCAACCGCGAUGACAGACUUCCCCAGCAUGCAGCCUAGUAGUGGGAUGCGGGUGGGCAGCCGACACACAAACCCGCACUGGUCGAAGGAAAAAGUGUGGAACAUGAAAGCAACAACAUGGGCACACACGACCUUGAAGUGCUGUGGAAACGGUGAGGUGUGUUUGUGGGCACACCUCGCUGAGUGUCAUUCUGAACACUUUGCAGACAUACCCCGGGAACUUGUGGCUUCAACAUACGCGGCAGCAUUGAUAGAAAAGGAACGUGGACAGGUCCCACAAGUUGGCUGGAGCGUCGAUCGGCGCACGCUGCGGCGACUACGGGUCGAGUUGGACGAUAACACUUGCCAAGCACUGAUUUGUGCCUGUUGCGCCCGAGUGUGUCCUGGGGGCAUGGGAGGGGAGAUUGCCUACAUCUCUGUCGAACAGUUAUUCGGUGCACUGACCCCAGAAGCAGCCAAAGCAAAUUGGAACCUGGAAAGGUACAUGACACAGUAUGGUACGCUGGCUGCGGUGACCAAUCGGUUCGAUGCACAUGAGUGGACUCGAACCCUGCCGGAAACCAUCUGCGACGGCAUGCAACUCAUAUGCUGCCCAGAGGAUUUUCGCUGUGGACGUUGCCCCGACAGUGCACUGCAACUAUGUCAAGCUUGUGAACUGCCCUUGUGUCGCGAUUGCCUCGAACACAUGUGCAAACAGAGCGCCUGUGCAGUGCCGGAGGCCCUUGCAAACGAUAAUUGGUUUGGAUACCCAACAGAGUUGCUGUGCACCCACAAAGUGCGGUGGAUAGAAGCGGCGGCUGCCUCUCCGGUCUGGACUUCCGUCAUCAACUACUACCUGGAAGCCGACCGAGGCAACUUGAUAGAAGAACAUUUGCAUCGGCCCGAACACAGGACUGCAAUCCGAGGCAAUGUCUCUUCUUUUAGCAUUCCAUGGGAAGAGGUGCUCGCUGCAUUGACCCCCGAAACUCGGCGGAACACUUCUUGGGAAAGGUUGCCUCACCCGCCACAUGUCCUCCAAGCUAUUGUCAAAGUCAAUGUGAAGGGCAUGUUAUACAACGAGGCAAUCGAGUGGGUAGCAGGGGCACGCAUCCGACCAUGGGUCGUCAGUGCACUCUUGCAUCACCUCAUCGACAUGCAACAUCCAAUGUGUGCGUCGCACUUGUCGGCAGAGGAGGCAAAAACAGCAGUGACAGAACGUGUGACUUUGGCGUAUGGGGUGGACGAAACGAGGCCGAUAGUUGACUUGCAGCAAACUCCGUCGCCUCGUGUGACAUCAAUAGGUUCAAAACUGCUCGGGCACAAAUGGCGACAAGCAGAAGAUGAGAGCGUGGGAGCGGAAGCUAGCCAGAUCCUGGCGCAAGAGCUUUCCGGUUCCGGACGGACAAGAUGCCAGAGCAGCGCUCAGGCAGCAGCCGGGGUGAACUCAGAACCAACCAUUUCAAAUAACCAAGUCGAUUCUCGGAUGAUGAGCGGCAAGAGCUCGUCUCAGCCAGCGUCGGAGGUGCAACACCACAAGCCUUCCUGCACCAAGACGGCAUCCCCAAACACAGUUUCCCAAGCGCAAUCCGAAGACGCAACCCAGGUGUACAGCAAAAGGUUUCCACAGCAUGCAAGCCAGAGCGGGGAUGAAGCAAUCAUGCACGACAUGCCAACCCACAGAAUGACCCAGAUGGAAGCAGAGAAAAUAGGUCAGAGCAGUGCCCAGGUGACAGCCGAAGUCGAAGCAGAAGCUGCCUCGUCACAGAAGCCAGAAGUGACAGUGCCAACACCGAGCCAAGGCAGAUCUCAACCAGUGUCUCGAAAGCGCAAGCAGGGUGCCUCGCCGGGCGACAACCCUUCACCCCAGGUGACAUGCCAGAGCAGCGCUCAGGCAACCACAGCAGACAAAAGGUACGACGAUGCCACUUCGGCUCUUCCGAGCCAUUCUCAGAAUUUCCUUGGUGCCAGUGGAGGCGCAAGCCAGCCGCUGCCGCAGAAGCAUGCAACGCCCGAGUCAGUCCCAGACGCAGCUUUAGAUGGCGAGUCCUUCGUAGGCAGUGUGAGACCCAACGUCUUGUCACAAGAUUAUACAGGUGCAGAGUGGAAAGACCCCGACGUCGACAUGUUGUUGCAAUUAAGCAAUGCGACUGACACACUCACCAUUCAAACCGGGCACAACUUCUGGGACCAGUGGCAAAAUGAUUUUCUGCCAUGGGCUUUUCCCUUCAGUAUCCCCGCGCCUGUCAGUGGUCCGGACUUCCCCCACAAAGAGCGACCACGAAGGCCCACAGAUGCGCCGCACUUGCCGCCCUUGGCACACUUGAAACUCCUAGCCGGACGCAUUGAGAGUUCAAUUCGCAAUUCAUGGGACCUGAUUCCCGGGCUGAGAAGAUUGACUUUCAAAUGGCACUCCGUGUGGCAAGGCUCGCUGUGGCGGAAAUGGAAGUCACAACGGCAAGCCAUGGCACCGGCACCAACGCUUAAGUGGGUGCAAGCGGCACGCGGCCUCUACAACAAGCUUAGAUCCGGCACGUAUACCACAGCAAGUGGAAGGCCGAAACCCAUCCAGUUCGACACACGCAAAUUGCCCUACGCACGAGGCCUCACCACAGAUGAAAAAGAAUUGCUCCAGGACGUCAAAGGCAUGCAAGGCCAGAUGCCUGGAACAAUUGAAGUCCGACGUCGCAUUGGACGUUUCCUCUUCGGGGCCAGGGUUGAGAUGGGAGAACCGCUCUUCAUCACAAUAUCCCCAACCACCCGUCAUAACACCUUGUGCAUUAAAUUCAGCCGCUAUCGCGCCGCUGACCCUGGCGGAGCCGAAGACGGCGCACGCAAUCGCCCCAAGCUAUGGGACACCGCAGAGGCGACCAUCCAAGUGCCACCGUACGACACCCGCAGACAGCUCGCUGCGAGGGAUCCGUGGGCCGUCGUUCUCAGCUUCCAAACAGUGGUGCGAUGCAUCUUCGCCAAACUGCUCGGCAUCCGUAUGUGCUUCCGUUGCCCAGCAUGCGAUUGCCGCGAUGCACGCGGACACGGGUGUCAUGUGACGGGGGGCAUCCUUGGCCUUGUCACCGGCCUAUGCGGGGCAAUCGAAUAUCAAGCCAAUUCCACACCGCAUUUCCACUGCAACGUGUACAUCGCUUCCAUUUGGCAACAUUCUUUGAGUGAACUUGCAGCUAAGCUGAAUGACAGCACCAUCACUUUCGAGGACGUGCGCCAAUUCUUGACAUGGGCACACGCCGAAUCUCAUCCUGACCCAGCAAGUCAUACGCAACAGCAAGACCACCUCGAAGCAGACUGGGCCCAGAACAACUGCAAAGCAAGCCACGAUUUUUUGUGUCAGUGGCCACAAUUCCUUACCGAAGACAAAGCGGCCAGUCCAUGGCUAGAAGCAGUGGAACCAAAGCAGGCAUUGGCCGACGCAAGCCGUUUCAUCCACCAAUACCGUCUAGCAGCACAGAAAAAGAUCAGCCACCAGCAAAUGCAUUGGCAUCCGUGGAACAUCGUGCAGAAAUGUCGGUUGCCUCUAGCCGCUUGCAGAAAGAAGGGGGCGCCAAACAAAUGUAAGCACAACUUCCCAAAAGUGCAGAACGAUAAAGUUCGAAUCAUUUGUAGAGGGAACGCACGAAAAUUUGCCCAGAGCACUGCCGGGCGGCGAAAUGCAUUAGGCAUGGUCUUAGACAAAAGAGAUGAUCCGUGGUUGUCAGGCACACUGCACGCAUUCACCCUCAUGGUAUUUGGUAAUUCACAUACUGCAAUAAAUUUCCGCGUGCCGCUGUCGGCAACCACCCAUGACGAAGACUGCAAGCGCGGCUGUUUGGCAAAAAACAUGCUCCCUAAACUCCAACGGGCAAUGGCACAAGCAGCCCGCCGGUCGACCAGAUACUUCACCGGCUACUUGCAAAAGCCGCAGCCGUUAGGAAAAAAGGAAUUACAACAAGCAGCCAAGCAAUUGCAUUUCCUGGAAGAAGCAGCUGCAAAAGAUGACGCGGCAGCGCACUACCGCAAAGUUGUGCAUAGAGUCUUUGGGGAUCUCGAAUUUCGUUGCUCCGUGCGCCCUGUCACAGAGGAAUUCAUGCUUGCGGGCUUCAGCAACAUGACCGAUCCCACCACCGCCGAAUGCAUCCGGAGGACCGACGAGCGGGUGUUUCACUUGUGUCCGUGGGAGUUUAUCAAAUGGUGGAGUCUUAAAAAAUUACAGCCGCCCACCAAAAAUGCAACUGAAGACGGACAAGGGCUCAGUGUUUGGGUGAGGAAACAAGGCACCGACACAAAACCUGUGGAUGGCUGGCAAUAUGGCCGUGAUUACAUUUGGAAACAUCCCUUGCCAAAUAGCCGAGCCGCCAACCUUGUCCGGCUACCGCAGUGCAAUGGAUGCAGUCGCGUGCAAGAUUACUAUCUGGAAAGACGGACCGAACCGCGGAUCCCAUAUCCGACGACAUGUCCGUUGCCGAAGCCCGACAUGUCAAAGGAUGCCCAGGCGAGGCUCCUCAAUGUCUAUCUGAGGCCCUGGACACUUGAUCUGAAAUGUGCUACCCCGCAUGUCCCGCACAUCAGUGCCUUAGACUUAGAGAUAAGAAGUACUAGUCUCAACCCCGGUAAACGCCUGUUCACCAAAACCGCACCGGGUCCAAGAAGUCACCACUUAGCAUGGAGAGCAUAUAUCCAGCACCAUGUUGUGUCUGAGCAUGCAGCUCGCACCAUUCGAAACUUUCUCUCCGCAACGGAAUGUGAUCCAGAAGAAGUCGACCUGGCCGAAACACCUGCCAAGCCAACAGACCAUGAAGUGGAUACGACCUGGGUAACGCCUGACACCAUCGAUAAACUUGUCCGAGGCGUGGGCUUCGAAUAUUCGAAACGGUCAGGUCCAGCGGUACGCCGCAUAGUCGAGGAAUGGGAAGCUAGUCCGCAGGUUGAUGCCCUAAACUCUUGGUUUGUAAACACUGGUAUCACGGACAGAAAGCUGGACCGGAGCCAAAGUAAAACGCAGCAACCGACACCGUGGUCGGAGACCGAACCACUGCGCUGGACCUACGGCAAGUUGACGCCGGAGGCUGCCACAGCAUGGUUGCAGCGUCUCGCAGAGCAGGGCUCGGUGGCAGCUCAAGAAGAACAGGCCGAAAGUUCCCGCAGUGAGCCGUUGCGUGCAGUCUUCCACGGGGUUCCAGGUGCAGGCAAAACUCAAACCCUCAAGUGGUUGCGUGCUUUUUUCGAAGAUAUGUGUGGGUGGCAGCAUCAACAAGAGUUUGUAUACUUGGCACCGCAGAACACCCAAGCUGCACUUAUUGCUGGCAUGACGCUACACUCGUUUGUCAAUAUCCAGGUGAAAACCAAAACGGCCCGAGCAAAAAACACCAGCACACCGGAACAGUUCGCUAAGUAUCAACGACUACGGUGGCUGGUGGUGGAUGAAUCUUCGACGGUCGGGCUCGAAAUAUUGGCCACUCUUGAGAAACGCCUGCAGCAGUCUACCAGAGAUCGGGAUACGUGGAAACUUCGGCCAGGAGGAGAACGGAGGCCAUUCGGAGGGCGCAACCUCAUCUUGACAGGGGACUUGUGGCAGUUCCCGCCCGUCAAAGCCACGGCCAUCUACCAGAACCCUUUUCAGUCAAACACAACCUUCCAAGUCAACGCACUGCAGCAACUAUGUUGGUCGCACACCUCGCUCGCCAUCCCACACCUGUUUGAACUCACCCUCGAACAGCGGUGCGAGGACGCCUGGCUCAGCCAAAUUCUUCACCAGGCGAGGCAUGGCAACAUGUCGCAGGAAGUGUGGUCUUUCUUACAUGGGUUUCCAACGCUCCAUGCGGGCUCGUGGUCCUUUCAAACCAAUCAAGCCACCUGCGGCGAAAAAACUUGCAACAACCUACAUCUGCAAGCCACCGCCCCCGACCAGUUGGAAUGUGUCAUUUGCCACCAAGAAAGGGCAUGUCGGUGCAUCGUAGGCAAAGACCCAAAAGCUGAGCAUUUCCUCAACCAUCCGUUUGUGCAUGGGUUGAAUGCCGCCAAGUACAUUGCAGCCAACCUUCGUGCGAAAUGGGUAGCCACCACUCGCAAACACAAGUUGCUUUGGAUCAUUGCUCAAGAUACCCCGCUUUUUCAUGUGGAGGCAACGGAACUACAGGCCCGGCGCGAAAAUUGGUUGCAGCGCCAUGACCAGUCCACCGGCGGUGUCGUCGGAAUCUUACCACUUCUCCAGAACAUGCCAAUCCGAGUGACGCAAACUCUGUCUGACCUGAAAGCCUUCGGGCUCUUUAAAAACACCCGAGGCACCCUUUGGAAUUGGACACUCCACGAGGCCGACCAAGAGGCCGUCGGAGCUGUAGCAGGCCAAGACAUUGUAUUACAACGCCUUCCGCGGGCGUUGUAUGUCAAGGUCGACGGUGCGAAGUGGCAACAGCACCCAGACUUGCCCGUUGGAGUUGCUCGGAUCGAACCCGUCACCCAGACGUGGCCACUCGAAACCAACGGCAAAGCUACAGUCUCCCGACGCGGCUUUCCAAUAGCAUCCGAUUACGCUGGCACAGCGCAUUCUUUUAUGGGGGCAACCCUGGGUGCAUGCACAUUGGACCUUGGCACGUGGGAUGCCACGACGUCCCGCGAGGCACAGCUCAGCGGGUACAUGUGCUUAUCAAGGGUCCGAAAAACCGAAGAUUUGUGCAUAGUCCAACCGUUCUCCCCCAACUUGUUUAGUCACGGAGAGUUAAUUGGACCCCACACAUUCUUAGAAGUGCAUCGCGAAAAGCUGACACUGCCAGAAGCAAAAGCUCGCUUUGAAAAAGAUAAGCCGAACAAGCAGAAGAAUCGUGACAUCCUGUUGUUUUGCCGCGGUUGCAGUCCACAACCGCAUCUACAAGAGAAACUGUUGCCACUUCGAGAAUUCGUUUCGGCCUGGGACCCAGAGGAAUGGUACCGUGUACUGUCAGACGGCAUGUGUCGCCUUUGCACCCAGUGUAAAACGAAGCAAAGUAGCCCUGCAGCCAAGGGGAAGCCCAAGGCAGUGAAUGCCUGCGCAUAUUGCCAGACCUUGCCAGCCGACCAGACCGGCUACUGUUCGAAGUGUGCCAAGAUUCGCUUAGCCUGCAGCAAGUGUGAUAUCGGGAAGAAACUCAAAACAAAAAGCCUGCUAGAUUUUAGCCCGGAAGAAAUCGCACGAAGAAAAAAAACCAAAGAACUCCGAAGAGCCCGCUGCAAGAAGUGUGCUGCCGCCCCAGUGACAGCACAGGCAAAACAGGGUUUGUGCAGCAAUUGCAACAAAGCCAUCAGUGUGUCCCACCUGGUCAACUACAGUGCAGAAUCCCAGACCGGAGUGUGCCGCACAUGCAUCGCAAAGCAAGCGCGGGCACCCAAGACCUGCGCCAAGUGUUCUCAGCCCUUGCAUGCAAAUGCAACUCCAGGGACUUGGUGCACUGCCUGUGCCUUUCCCCCUUGCAGUGGAGGUUGUGGGCAGCCACGCCCCCAAAAGACAUCCAACCAUGCCAAGCAGAAAUCCGACUGGUAUUGCCAAAACUGUAAGGGAAAAUGUGUGAACUGUGGCAGCUCCUUGCCGCGUAACGCAGAGGCAGGCACAUGGUGUGCCACAUGUGCACAUCCACCAUGCAGUGGAGGUUGCGGCGAGCCUCGUCCACAUGAAAGCAGAUACCACGCCCAGCAGAAGCCGUUUUGGUUGUGUCAAGCAUGCAGUGUGCGCAAUACCGCAGCGCCCAAAUGUGGAAACUGUGCCGGCCCCUUGCCGAGGAACGCAGAGGCAGGCACAUGGUGUGCCACAUGUGCAUAUCCACCGUGCAGUGGAGGUUGCGGCGAGCCCCGCCCACAUGAAAGAAGAUACCACGCCCAGCAGAAGCCGCUUUGGUUCUGUCAAGCAUGCAGUCUUGGCAGUGGUUACCCGCCGUGUCCAAUAUGCGGUCUGCCACGCCCGCAAGAAAGGCGUUACCAUGUCAAAGUUAUGCCGCACUGGACCUGCGAAGCCUGCACGGUAAAGUCUUGUCCCAAGUGCGGGGAAGUUCUUGGUGCAAAAGCUCAAACGGGUGCAUUGUGUUUAGCGUGUGCAUAUCCACCAUGUGAGAGCUGUGGGUCGCAACGCCCGCAAAAAAGUCGUUACCGUGUCAACGUCAUGCCGCGCUGGACCUGUGAAGCCUGCACAGUCAAGUCUUGUCCCAAGUGCGGGCAAAUCCUUGGUCCAAAAGCUCAAGAUGGUGCAUGGUGUUUAGCCUGUGCAUAUCCGCCCUGUGAGAGUUGUGGUCGUCCACGGCCAAGGACGCGCAGUGAAUACCAUGCGCAGCGGGAACAGCCAUACUGGGGUCCCAAAGAAAAGGCUUCGCAGAGGUUAGUCGCCCAUGCAUCCGACGCCAGCCAACGGCAUAUGACAUUGCAGACCAUCCAUGCUCACCUGCGGCAGUUUCUUUUGGCCAACCGAAAAAAAGACGUUCGUCCAGCGCCUGCCCGGGUUUUUCCUUGCCGGCAGAAGUCCCGGAAGCCAUGCAGUGCCGGUGCAGCCGAUCUAGCCUACGUGUCGCGAACGGCAUGUUCGCAGGCAGCCUGCUGCAGCGAUGAACCAUUGGUUCACCAAAUGACAGACAUCAGCCAUUUUGCGAACAGGCGCACCGAUAAUCACCAGCAGCCGAGAGCAAAUGACCUUCAAGUAGCUGCGCCACUAUGCAAAAGCCUGACCGCACAGCCGCAGCCAGAGCAGCGCUCAGCGCACCGUGCAAAGCAAGGCCUAGGGCAGCAGCCAAAGAACCGCACCCACUCAGUGUCCGUCGCAGUCAAAAAAAAGCCGUUCAGUGCGUGGUGUCCCAAACCUGUCGAACGCAGUGUCAGUGACCGCCACCGUGCGCACAUCACACCACGCCAGGUCUACGACGACAUCGAGCUGAGUCGGUGGGGGCCCGAGCAACCCCUCCCUGUGCAAGACGGG